AUGCCUAUGUCAAUCACCGAUAAUGGGUUGGGGAAUCAACACGAUCCAGACCAUCCAGGGAAACAGUCGUUGACCCCCAAAUACACCAAGACCCGAAGGAUUUUGAGUAAGUUGAGACGUACAUCUAGCAAGACAGAUGAUAAUGACCCCAGAAGAGUUUCAGUUGCAUCCCACCGUUAUUCUCUGGUGCCUGGACCAAUACACAAAAAGAAGGAUGAAAAAAUGGAACCCCAUCAUCAUAUCCAUAUUCACAAUCCUGCGGUUGCUUUGAAGAAUGUGUUUCAGACCCCUUCGCCCUCUGUUGGUGACUCCAGACGAAGGUCUACCACUGAAGAGCCUACUACGCUUUCACCCACUGGAUCUGUCGAGGAUCUAUCAGCUUUUAUAUCAAGGAAAGACGACAGUGAUGAUGAAGGGGACGAUGCUAAUAAUAAUACUCUGACCAAGUCAUUCACAGGAUUCAACCUCAACAACUUGAGUGAUGAUGAUAUACCUACAAAUGGGAAUAUAACACACAUGUCAGCUUGGCAGCCGCCACAGAGUUGGAGUGUUAAAGCAUCGAAUAUGAAAGAACAGGAAAAAAGUCUGACAUUAUCUUCAACAUCGUCCACAGACGCCGAAUCUGAACAAUCGUCAAUAAGCUCAUUUGGAAAGAAGAAAGAUCAUGUCGAAUCCGAAGCAAUCGAUCCCAAUUGCAUUCAUGAACCAAACACUGAGUGUCCCGUUCAUGGGCAUCCUCAUGAUAUGACUGUAGGUGAUGCAUCCAAUGAAGAGAAAAAAGUCUCAGAGCCACACCACCAUCUUUACCAUAACCAACCUUUGGUAGGAAGGCUCAAAGUUUUUAAGGAUAAUAAUGGAAGGACGCUUAAUGUGACAAUCAAUGAGAACUUUAGGCAGAUUAUCAAGAGACUAGAAAAUGGCCAUUGGCUUAAUCCCAAUGAAGAUUACAGAAUAUUGCUUAGAUGUGGUGGGCUACACGAAGUCUUAUCGUUGGAUGAUCAUCCCCUCCGGAUUCAAGAAAGGUUGUUGAAUUUGAGCGGAUUCACCGAUCCGGAUGAUUGGAAACAACUUGACAUGACCUACUUAUACAAGUUCAUUUUCGAAUACAAUGAGGAAAAAGGUUUAAACCCUAGCAUAAAGUCCAGGAUAUCCGUCCGCUAUGGGAGGGCUGACUUAAAGAAUCUAGACUUGAGAACAAUUCCAAACACAAUUCAUCAACAGGCAGAAGACAUCAUCUAUCUAGAUGUGUCCAAAAACCCAUCCAUAUUUAUCCCAUUAGACUUUAUUCAAGGUUGUCGAAACACGCAGACCCUAAAAUUCACUGGAAACAGAGCUCACUCACUACACAAAAACAUAUUUCAAUUUGCAAACUUGCGUAAUCUGGACCUUGAAACUAACUACCUGAGACAGAUACCCAAGGACAUUACUCUAUUAUCUACACUCACCAAUUUGGAGAUUUCGAACAAUCGUAUUACUCAACUGCCUAGUAAUUUUGGAGAACUUGCCCUACUUCGUUAUUUAAACCUAUCGUCAAACCACAUCAAAGUUAUACCGCAAGAGAUAUUUGAUCUGCCUAAUCUCACAGAGUUAGAUUUGUCUUAUAACUCCAUAUCAAACAUACCAGUGGAAAUUAAGAACCUAACUAAGUUGGUAACCUUAAAGCUCUCAGGUAACAAGCUAGCGGGCAAGGUUUCAGACUCGAUAGUUGAAGUUAAAUCUAUCAAAACGUUGGACUUGCGGUUCAAUCAAUUGGAAGAUAUGAGCUGUUUGAGAACUUUGGACAAUUUACAAAACUUGUACUUAACUGGUAACCUCUGUACAUCUUACACCUCAAAGGUUGCCAGUCUCAGAACACUCCAAUUGGAUUUGAAUCCAGUAACACACUUUUCCGUUAUCGGUACCUUAGAAUCAUUGAGAUAUCUGGACUUGACAAAGGCAAAACUAACAUCUCUUUCACCUUCUGUAUUGAGUAAUGUUCCUCAAGUCACGCAUUUGAUAUUGAAUCAUAAUCAUUUGAGUUUUCUCCCCAAAGAGAUCUCCACGCUGAAAAAAUUGAAGAAACUAUCAGUUUGUAAUAAUAAUUUGACAACCCUACCAGAUGAAAUAUCAGAGUUGCAAGAACUAACCAGCUUAGAUUUGCAUUUGAAUAACAUCAAGACGUUGCCUAUAACUAUAUGGCAGCUUAAUUUGAGAGAGCUUAUUUUGUCAUCAAAUUCUUUACCAGAUACUCCAGCACUUACAGGGGAGAAUAAAUUGGGCAAUUCUUUAUUAAUUUUAAGUUUGUCCCACAACAGAUUAAGAAAUCGAUACCUUUCCAAUUUGAUAAAUUUCAAAAACCUCAGAUCUCUGAACAUUUCGUAUAAUGGUAUUUAUGACCUUACAAACGGUUCUUUGGGUCAUUUGAAGAAUUUGACCCACCUUUAUCUGAGUGGAAACGAGUUGACAAUUUUGCCAGACGAUUUAGAAUCACUGACGAAUUUAACCGUAUUACAUUUGAACGGCAAUCGAUUCCAAUCAUUACCUUAUGAACUAUCAAAAAUUCCCAGGUUGUCCGUGUUGGACGUGGGUUCUAAUAUUUUGAAGUAUGAUAUCUCAGAUUCACCCAGAUAUUGGAAUUGGAACAUGAACAAAGAGUUGAAGUACUUGAAUUUUUCAGGCAACAAAAGUUUGAAGAUUUCGUCCACGACUUCCACGUCGAAGGAUAUGGGUGAAAAAACUACAAGUAAAUUUGGCAGCCUUCAGGAUUUGUGUAUUCUUGGCCUUGUCGAUGUUACUUGGAACGAUACGAUUGAAAACUCCAUCAAAACCAGGGUAAGAAGUACUCCUUCGACUUUUGGAGGCUAUGGAUAUGGUAUUUCUGACACAUUGGGAAGGAAUAGCAGCUUAACUACGCGUGACUGUGUUGUAGAGAAAUUCCGUGAAAAGGAAGAUGAGACUCUUAUCUGUCUUUUUGAUGGUAAGAACAACGAUGUCCAUGUUACAAAAGUUUUGGAAGAAGUCUUUAAAAACUUUCUAGAAACUCAAUUGGAUGCUAUAGAUAGCAAGAUGGCUUCCGGGACGCCGGUAGACGCUUUAAGAAGAGCAUUUCUGCAAUGCAAUCAAGAAAUUAACACACUGAUUGAUGAUCCAAGUACAGGAAAUGUCGAUCCUUCGCAUUUCCCAGGCCAGACCAAAGAAUAUUUAGCUCGAAGUGGAGGAAAGACAGGGUGUAGCGGGACUGUAAUCCUUAUCCAAGGCCGUAAAAUUCAUGUGGCCAAUGUUGGAGAUACACUGUCCAUCAAGACUACAAGCACUGGAGAAUUUGAUGUUUUAACCCAGAAACAUGAACCAUAUGAGCCAUCCGAGUAUAAGAGGAUUAGAGCAUCAGGAGGAUUUGUAACCACGGAGGGAAAAGUUAACGAUGUGGUUGAUAUUUCUAGAGCGUUUGGAUUCUGGAAUCUGGUGCCAACGGUCAAUGCUGCUCCUAAAAUUUCUCAAUUUGAGUUGAAAGCUACGGAUGGGGCUAUUGUUCUUGCUACAAAGGAGCUCUGGAAACUGAUUUCAAUGGACCUCGCUUUUGACAUUAUCAGAAAUGAUGUAAAUAAUCCGAUGAUUGCCGCCGAAACGCUAAGAGACUAUGCAAUUUCCUAUGGUUGCAGUGGAAACAUCACCGUUAUUGUGAUUUCGUUGAGAUAUAAACAGAUGGUUGCAAAUAACCAAACCACAAGGGACGUUUUGAGACAAGAGUAUUCAAACUUAAUCAAACUUGAAGACGAAAUUUAUCCACCUGUAGGAAACGUUGCCAUGGUAUUUACUGACAUCAAAAAUUCCACCAAGUUAUGGGAGACGAAUCCAAUAAGUAUGAGAACGGCCAUAAAACUGCAUAACUCUAUAAUGAGGCGGCAACUGAAAAUUGUUGGUGGUUAUGAAGUGAAAACCGAAGGAGAUGCUUUUAUGGUUGCGUUUCCUACCCCAACAUCUGCACUUUUAUGGUGUUUCUCCGUUCAAAAGCAAUUGUUGCAUGAAAGCUGGCCUGAGGAGAUUAUCAAGAGUCCUCAUUGCGCUAGAGUUCAAGACAAAUAUGGCAACGACUUGUUUCGAGGACUCAGUGUCAGAAUGGGUAUACAUUGGGGGUCUCCUGUCUGUGAGGCCGAUCUUAUUACUCGUAGAAUGGAUUAUUUUGGGCCUAUGGUGAAUCUGGCAUCGCGUGUAAGCGGUGUUGCAGACGGUGGUCAUAUUGCAUUGAGUUCCCAGUUUAUUCACGAAUUUGAAAAACUGGAUGAGAGCCACGAGAAGCUGAAAUCAUUCACAGGAGAAAGGUUUGGUGAUCAAUGGAAACAGACCGUUGCUGAAGCUUAUGGAACUGAUGCCUCUUACGCAUGCCAAAUCGAAAGCGAAUUCGAACAGCUUGAGGUUGAUAAGUGGGUGUUUUUCGUUAUUGGAGAGCGUAAGUUGAAGGGACUGGAAAAUCCUGAAAAGAUUUGUCUGGGUUAUCCCGGAUCAUUGGCUGAGAGAAUUGACUGUACUGAGCAGAAGAUGGAUAAGGACGAAAUGGUUGCUACACAAGUUGUCCGAGACAGGGACUAUGGAAUCAUGGGAAUUAUAGCUGCUCGUGAUAUUUGGAAGUUGAGAAGAAUUGCUUUUAGGUUAGAGCACAUACUCACUGUUUUGCAGUCAGGCAGAGUGUUCAAUGACACCAGCUCUAUCAUUACAGAUCAGAUUUCCAUGGUGAUGACAUCUAAGCUUGGUGAUGAGGACUAUUUUUCAUUAUUGGAGCAUGUCAUUACUAGAAUUGAGAACAUUUCCAAUAACCUUGCACUAAGACAGGAAACGGAUAUUGCCCUUGGAAAUGAUGGCCGACUAACUGUGUUGACAAAUGAAGAAUUUAUGAGUGCACUUUCUGCAUGUCUACAUGAAUUUAAAAGACUAAAGCAUUGGGAGACUUGA